CGCGGGAUCCCGGGCUGUGGUGCGCGCGCGCGGCGCCGCUUCAAGGCGGGGGGGGGGAGGGGGCGGCGCGCGCUGAGCCCAUUGUGGUUCCCCCCCCGCCUCGCGGCGUUGGUGUGGGGGGCGCGCGCGCGAGGAGCGGCGUGUGCGGCAGCCGAGAGGCUUAGGGGCAGAGGAACAGCUCAUUGACCUGCCUUGAGGGGAACCCACAGUGUCAGCUGCGUUACUGACAGCACUUUGUCCCUGGUCCUGCAGAGACACAGCUUGGCGUUGGUCUCGGUCUGAAAGGCACAGGAAAGCUGGCAGAGACCAGGACAAGAGGGUUCUGUCUUUCAUUCUUAUUAGUCCUGCUUUGUUCCAUUUUACUGGUCUACAUUCACUUGAAGGACACAGCUGGGCUAUAGAUUUGGCAUCUGAGCGGAUCGGCUCUAUUGAGUGUUGUUCUGGAGCCCUGUACCCUAUCAUGAAGAUCCUAUGCAUGCUCUGCACAAACGGAGGUGCUUAACCUUGGAGAACUGCAUUGUCAAUGUGUUAUGUGUGGAAGCAAGUGGGGCCCUUGGAGAAAGAAAAGGCUCUACUACAUGGCUGUGAAUUAAGUGUGGAAGAAUGAACUGUAUGAACAGGGUGCCCACUGUGUUGACCUCGUUGAAGUCUGGAGGAUGGAGGUCUUUGAGGUGGCAGGAGGAACUUGGUGAAAUUGCAGGUAGUGGAGGCAAACCUGACCCGACUCUGGUACCUUCCCCUGCCCUCCCAUCCUCCCAGUGCCAUUAGGCCACAGCAUUCCUGGAACGUUUAUGCCAAUGGAUGAACAGGACAAUGAUUUUAAAGAGUUGUGGGCGAAUCUUUUGGGUGGAGCAAAGAAAAAAGCUGGAGACAGUGAGGCAGCGAAGAGGGCUAAGAACAGGUCGAAGAGCACUGCAGCAAGAGGCAGAUCUAGAACAGGCAAAGGUGCUGCUAAAGGCAAAACCCAUCACUUACCAGCAGUGAAGAAGGCAAACUUGCUGCAAGAUUUGGGUCCAAAGGAACAAAUAUCUUUGCACAAAGAAAAUAGUGAUGCUGCGGUGUGUAGCAGUAGUGAGACUGCACCAGGGGAUGGAAAGAGAAGCCCUUUCCCUGCCAGCCAGCUGAGUGCAGUGUCCAGCGAGUGCAGCCAGAGGACUCUGACAGUAAAUCCUCUGAGUAGUUGUUCCCAAACUACAUUAUCCUUCCAUCCUGCUACGCAGCCAGGGACCUGCUCUUCACCCACCUCAAAGGCACCAAAAGUGCGGGUGGCAGAGCUGGUGGUGGAGAGGAUGCAGCAGUUCAAGAGGGUGGCACCCGAGCAGCUAAAGCACAGCAUGGAUGACAACCUGCCAAAGUCUGAUGAAAGCCAGGAGCAAAACCCACCAGAGAAUGAUGCCCACCAUCUUCUGUCCAUGGAACACGAUGGGGCUCUGGCCUUGGCUCUUCAGCAGGAAAGCAAAGAGGACGGCCUGGCAAGCCUGGAGGAUGCAGGCUUGUUUUUUUGUCAGAUCUGCCAGAAAGAUCUCUCAGCCAUGAACACAACGCGACGAGAGCAGCACGUUAACAGGUGCCUGGAUGAGAUGGAAGAAGCACAGAUGUCAUCCUCCAGCAAGCCACCGGUCCCAGAAUGUCCCAUCUGCGGGAAGCAGUUCCAAACCGCCCAGAGCCGAGUCAGUCACUUGAAACGGUGUGCUGUCGAGAUGGAUAUUCCUCCUAACCUGCUUCUUCAGGCAGUGCACUUGCAGGCGUCCUCGCUUGGGGAGGCACCUCUUCAGUGUCCCAACCAUCAACCAAGCAGGGCAAAGCGAAAAGGCUCCUCCAAAGAGGACUCAAAGAAAAUGCAGAAGAGGGCCAAAUUGGAGACUAAGGAUGAAGAUUUGCUGGUUGCUAUGGCAAUGUCACGCUCUCUGUUGGAGCAAGAAAAGCAGGAGCAAGCAAAAUCCUUUACAAAUGUGAAACCAGUGGCUGCUUUGCCAAUCAAAUGGAAGCCAGGAUCAGAGAAAAAACGGCGUAAAAGAGGCCCAACUGCACCUCCACCAUUACUGCUUCAGGACCCGGAGAAGGCCCGCAAAAGGAUCCAAGAGCGAGUAGCUAUGCUGCUUGCAGAAGAGGUGGAAUUCCCUCCUACCCCUCAGCUUCCUGCUAGUAGGAUUUUGGAGGAUGAAUCUGGAAAAGCAACCUGGCUGUUGCCAUUGUCCAAAAACAGAGAGUGCUAUUUAUGGAAUAUCAGUGCUCUGACAGGACCCUAUGACCCUGAGUCGUUCUACACUGCUGCAUUAACCCCUCCAAUUGUACCCUGGAAGCCUGUGCAGAAUCAUCAGCCAGAGAACCUUCUGCCAUCAGUGGGAUCUGAUCAGCCAGAAGCGUCCCAGCAAAUUGAGCCUGACCUCAGUUCUCAUAAGCCCGCUUGCUCAGAGGCUGGAGGCCAGACUUCCGAUGAAUCCAAACCAGGCCAUGAAGAUGGACAGUUUUUAUCUCGCAGCCAGAUGGAUGUUCAGACCCUCCAGGACCUGGUUGAGUUGGCCAAGGAAGGACUUACCCUCACUCAGUGGAACCUUGAUGUGGACCGCAUUCAGGCAGCGGAGCAGCCAGAACCAACUUCCAGUGAUAUUCCACAGAGUGGCUUUGUCCCCCCAUCCAAAGAGAAGAGCCUCCUGACAAGCAGCUGUAAAAGAUCCUCUCUCAGGUCGCUGGCUGAAGAUUUCAGUGCGAUGGUCAACAACCCCCACUUAAGUGAUGUCCAAUUCCAGGUGGACUCUGGGGAAGUCCUCUACGCCCACAUGUUUGUGUUGUACGCCCGGUGCCCGCAGAUCGUUGAGGUUGUUCACAGCCAAGGGUUCUUGGUGGAGGAGGAUGGGAACCCACAGACGCGCCGUGUGCUGCUGAGUGAUGUGACAGGAGAGGCAGUGUCUGCGUUCCUGCGAUACCUGUACGCUGCUGAUGCCGACAUCCCUGCUGGGCUGCGGCCCCAGGUCGGGGAUCUGGCUGCCAGGUUUGGUGUGAGGGAAUUGAAGUGUGAAAGCUGCACUGGAGAGAGUCAGGUGUCUUCUGGAGUGGAUUCAGAUGAUGAUCUUCUCUCUGUGAGGGAUGAUAAGGAUUGUGAGGACAGAGCUGAGAACUUCCAAGACCUCUUGAAGUCAGUGUGGGUGGGUGAAGAUGAGGAAGAAGUAUCUAUGCUGAGCCCUGAAUACCAGAAGGAAGAUGACAAUGGGAUGGGUGAACAGGAGCUGGAGGAGAUCUAUGAGUUUGCUGCAACUCAGAGAAAGAUGGUUCAAGGUGAAAGAGAGGAGAGUGAGGGAACAGACUGCAGCAUGUGCAGCGAUACGGAGGCAGCCCAAGGUACAAACCAGCAAACGGAGGAGGAGGAAGUAAAGAGGUCUGAAUCUGCUUCAAUAAGCGACAGCUUCAAAGAUUUGAAGGAUAACAAUGAUGUGGAAAGGUCUAAAUGUGACUUUUCUGCCCAAGAGAAAAUGCAGAAUAUAAAUAGGUGUGAAAACAUGCAUGCUCCACAGACCGCUUUUGUGCCUCACCACAACAAACCUCAAAAAUGGGACACAGCACCCCAUGGUGCCACCACUAAUGAAGGAGAGACCAUUAGGAGAUGUGAAGGCGUGAAGGAUUCCAAGUCAUCUCAGGUCCUACCUGAGGGGGCAGAGCCCUGCGAAGAACAGUUUCCUGGCCUCCAUAGUGAUCCUGAUACAAAUGACAGUUACAAAUACUUGUUUUCUGCCACACAGCGAGGUUACUGUGAGCCUUCCCCAAUGAAUGACGUUACCAGAGAAUCAGGAAAGGCUCCUAGUGAAAAACACGUUGAUGUUAAUGAUCCUCUUCUGUACAGCAUGUCACAAAGAGAGCUCUCUCCAUGUAGGAAUGGGUUUUGUGGAAGUCCCUUUCCCAAACCUCAUGUGCCCCAUUUUCCAGCUCUUGGCUCUUCACCUGCAUCUCCAAAAGCAGACAGAAAGUUUGCCAGAGAACACAUAUCAACACCAAAGCAAAACAAAAAGUCAUCCCCACCUGAUGAAAAACCCUUUCAGAGACCCAGUGAGCUGGAUACUGCGUCAAGGAAUGAGAACACAGUUUCUCCAGCAGAGCUUCCCAACACUGACGUAAAGAAGUGUGCGUAUGUCUCAGUGUUGUCAUCGCCUGUCAUCAGAACUCGCGGUGCUGCAGCUCAGGGGAACAAGGACGGUGACAUUAUUGUUUUAUCUUCUGAUGAUGAAAUGGAAUUACAUCAAGAGACAAAGUCACCAGAGUCAAGCUCUGCUCUGAAAGAAAUGGAAAUACCUGGGCCAGCGGAAUGUAUGAACGCAGAACAAGGUCCUGAGAUACCAACGCCUGAACCCAACUCAUCAGUCACUGAAGCAGAGCAGGGAUCAGCCCAGGCCUCGGGUGGUGUUACAGAUACAGUGCAUGUAGUUAAUGAUGUAGAGAUGUCCACCGAAUUGCCUCUCAGCAGUGCCCAUAUGGGGAGCAAACGGAGUCCAAACCUGAGCCCUGAAAAAAGGCUUGGUCACGAAGUGUCGUCAGGUACAGACAACUCCUGGCUGGUGCCAGACACACCGGUUCUGAGCAAAAGCAGAAGCUUCUCAACACAGACUCGGGUCACAAGUAUUAAUUCUUUAAAGAGUUCAGGAUCUAAACUCAGCCCAAAGAACUUAACAGCAGGUAACAUUGACCAUGAGAUGUCUGAGAAUCUAAUAAAAGUUUGUGAAACAACAUUGGUAGGCAAACAUUUGCCUGUGGAGAACUCAGACACUGGAAGGAGCCUGCCCAGCAGCCCAGCAGCAGGAUCAGCUCCCAAGAACUCCCCACCGGUUUCUCCAGCAAAUCCAGUUCUCCUCUCCCCUGACUAUACCAACAUAAAAAGCCGAUGUGCCACAAACUCAUCUUUAUCCAAACCUGCCUCGCCGUGCCCCGAGCAGUCCCUAGCAGAUAAAACAAAUACCAGUGUGAUUGAGGUAGAGGACAGUGAAAAGGAAAUCAGCCUGCCUUCUGUGAGCAGUAGCGUUGUGCUCUGUGACGAGCCCCCAAUCGCUGUUGAUGACUACUGGCAUGUUGAGUGCCUGUCACCGGUCAGAGGAGGCAACCAGGACUCCUGCCAGGGCAGCCGCGCAAAGAGCAGCACCACCAGCAGCCCCAGUAUGGGCUCCUGGCACGACCAGAGCCCGAGGCACACGCAGGAGAUGAAGGGCAGUACCCCUCUUCGAGGAAGUCCCGUUGGCAGGAGAACAGCUUUGCUCUGUCUUGACAAGAGUCCUAUUGAGGCAUGUUCCUCAGUGGGCAGUAGGCCGAGUUACCUCAACUCCAAAAUCUGGGAUGACUGGAAUGGAGACGAGGAGGAAGAUGAAUUUCCAGAGAUGCUUCCUCUGUCUCAGAGGGUGCCGGCUGCAGCAGGUGCCAGUCAGACAGAUCCUGCGAAGACUCCUGAACCUUCCUGCCAGGAGAACAACGAGCCUCCCAGCACGCCGGGGACACCGAUGCCAGCUUACUCCAUCAUGGAGACCCCCGAGCUGAAGAAGGAGUUGAGAAGAUUCGGAGUUCGUGCUCUCCCCAAACGCCAGAUGGUGUUGAUGCUAAAGGAGAUAUUCCAGUAUACACACCGGGACGUGGACUCUGACUUUGAGGAUGAAUUCCCAGCCUCCCAGCGUCCCCUGCAGAAGUCCCUGGCCGAAUGCUCUAGGCAGCCAAAGGCAGACCAGGGUGCCAGAGGAAAGCGUUCCUCAAGGGCUGGUGGCAAGAGGAAGAAGGUAGCUGCAGCUUCUUCAGGGCUCCCUGCGGAGAGGGCAGACGAUGCCCUUGUUGGAUCCCAGGAAUCAGGCUGUGCAGCACCCAAGGAGGGAACGAGAAUAACAGAAGACCCAGAAAGAGCCAAAGAGCAGAAAAGGCCAUCUGUAUCUCCAGAGAGAUGGUCUCUGGUAGACGAUGGGGAGGAGCAAGAGCUCUCAGCGUCUCAAGAGUCUGCAGUUUCUUCACUGGAUGGAAGUGACAUCUCUUUUGGUUCGCAGAGUUUUAUGAAUGGAUUUGAAGCCUGUGAUUUUGCAUCCGAGGAGGAGGAAGAGGAGAUUCCAGCAUCUCAGGCAGCAGCUCGGGAAGAAGAUAAGCAGGAGGCAAUCAGGUGCUACAUCCGAUCAAACACAGCCCUGUACAACAGAAUUCUCUUUUAUGAGCCACUCGAGCUGGCUGAGCUGCAUGCAGAGCUGAAACAGAACGGCAUUAAAAUUUCCCAGGCAAAGCUGCUGGACUUUUUAGAUGCACACUGUAUUACAUUUACCACGGCCAGGGCCCGGAAGGAGAGGGAACAGAAAAGAAAGGGGAACAAAAAGAGGAGGAAAAGAUACUGAAUAGAGCCCACUCCUCCAUCCUGAAUAUUUUGUCGGUGGAGGCCUUCCCGAUGAGCUGGGAAUGCAGCUCCAGGCGGUGCCAGCCCUGGGCUGUGACCAGUGGGCAUGCUGCUCCUCCUUGUGGCCCGCGGCUGGGGAGUGCUGGAGAAUGGCUCUGGUCAAGGGCCGCUCCUCACGUGCUGUCCUGCAGCACACAGGUCAUCUGGAGCCUCUUCUUUUCCAUCUGUUUUCUUCCUGUGCCUUUUCUUCCCAUUUUUCUAAUCGGUUUUAGGUCCCCAACUUUUCUUCCUGGAGGUGCUUCCCCCAGUGACCCUUGAACAAGACCUUUUCCCUGGCUCGGGCUGAGAAAUUCUUCACCCUUCACAUUCCAGUAUUCAGUAGAAUAACCCACCUGCAAGAAACCAGUCCCUUUCCUCUCCUUAAAGCACUGAAGAUUUACACCCCAGUGACUUCUGUCUUCGUUCCUUCAGGGUAUGAUUUGCCCUGCUGAUUUUCAAGGCAGGGAGCUUUGUGGAAAUACGAUGCCUUUCUUCUGGCCCCACUUCAAUUUCCCAACUCUGGUAGACCCCCCCCAGUCUGUUUCUUACAUGGCUGCAGAACAGAGGAGAGUGUUUUCUGCUCUUGGUGAUGCCUCCAAAAAGCCCUGACACCAGAUGUCAUGUGAAAGCCCUUUGGAUUUGAACAUCCAUGUGUGUGUGUUCGCUUCUGUGUGUGUUCGCUUCUGUGCUGGAUCUGUGUUAGAGAUUCCAUCCGCUCCAUUCUCCAAGCGCUGUUCUACCCUCAGUGCAGCUUCAGUGUGUCCUCGACAGAGAUGUUUUUACAAAGACAGCAUCACAGUGACCACUGAAUCUCUUCGGCACAUGGUAUAAUGCGACCUAAGCCUACAUCGCUGACCACUCUCCUUUGAGAUUGGACAGGACUGAUUGUAGGCUAUAAACCGUCUGGGACUCUGGGGGAGUCUUGGACUCUAAAUGCUUUAUGUAUUUACUUUCACAACAUCUCUGACUUCUGUCUGUUCUGGCAGUUCUGAGUCUGCAAAGAGUCCCAGUCAGCAAAAUGGACACAACACUUCAGCAAAAGAAGACGGAUCGCUAAACGUAUUUAUGUAUUUGGAACAUAUCAUUUUUUUCCUAUUUUUGAUACAGUGCCUCCUUCGGUUUAUUUGAUAUUAUCUGCAAUAAACAAUGUGUAAGGUG